AUGGGACAGCUACACAAGUUAGAUAAUAGGAUACAGAUAAUGCUUAAAAAUGGCAUUCUUCGAAAACAUAGGUCGAUGUUUGUCAUGGUGGGGAAUAAAGGCCAGGACCAGGUCCCCAUAAUGCAUCAAAUUUUAAAUUCACUCUCAAGUAAAGGACGACUCAGCAUUUUGUGGUGCUACAAAAAGGAGCUGAGUUUUAGCACUCACCGCAAAAAGAACCUCAAACUUUUGAACAAAAGGCGGAAAGCAGGGUUAACAUCUGAUGCUACAAUUUUUGAGCAGUUUGUAUGCUCGACAGAUAUACGUUGGUGUUAUUACGACGAGUCACAUAAAAUUCUUGGACAAACUUUCGAUAUGUGUGUGCUUCAAGAUUUCGAAGCUCUAACACCAAAUUUACUUGCUCGGACUAUUGAAACUGUAUCUGGUGGAGGUCUCAUAGUGUUUUUGUUAAAAUCUAUGGCCUCUUUACAACAACUUUGUACUAUGGUUAUGGAUGUUCAUUCUCGAUAUCGCACUGAAUCCCAACACAAUGUUGUCGGUCGAUUUAACGAAAGGUUUUUACUAUCAUUGGCUAGUAACCCCCGAUGUCUUGUAUUAGACGAUCGGUGGAAUGUCCUACCAUUGUCCCAGAAAGUUCUCAGUUCACUAACGUCAUUGCAGGCUGAUAUUAGCGAUGAGUCUAUUCUUCUGGAACAAAAGGAACUCCAAAAGCUCAAAGUCUCCUUAGCUGAAGAUGGCUCACUGUUUGCUCCUCUAAUCAAGCUGUGUAUCACAUUUGACCAGGCUAAAAGUCUUGUCCAAUUCUGUGCUUCUUUGGCUUCGGCUUCACAGUUACAAAAUAAGGGUUACAAUAAAAUUACUCAGGAUGCUACCUCCCUGGCUAUGGCAAACUCUCUUCUUUCCUCGAUCGGAGCUGAAACUAAGGAAACUAGUAGCUCAUCGGCCUUUGUUGUUGUAACCUCCGGUAGAGGCCGGGGUAAGUCUGCGGCACUGGGACUUGGAUUAGCUGCUGCUUUUGAAACUGGUAUGCCCAACUUGUAUGUUACUGCACCCAGUCCGGAAAACCUAAAUACACUUAUGCAGUUUGUUGUAAACGGUUUAAAUGCUUUUCAUUAUGAAGAGCACCAGGAGUAUAUUGUUAGUCGCUCAAUGAAUCCUGAACACAAUCAAGCUAUAGUUAAAAUCGACGUUUACAGACGAAGUCACAGACAAUCUCUUAUAUAUUUACCGCCAUGGGAAAUGGCUGCCCUCUCGAAUGUCAAACAAGCAGAUCUAGUAUGUAUAGACGAAGCUGCUGCCAUUCCAUUACCUCUUGUACAAUCCAUUAUCAAUGGUCCGAGAAUUGUAUUCAUGGCAUCCACUAUUAAUGGUUAUGAAGGUACUGGCCGAUCAUUAUCCUUCAAACUACUACGUCAACUGCGAUCACAAUGCACCAUAUCAGGGACUACAGCAAAGUUGUCAACCGACAAUGUAAAAUCUCAGUCGACAGAGAAAAAUAAAAUGUUAUUGGGAAAAGGCUUUCGAAUAGUUGAUACUUCACGGGUUUUAUUUGAAGUAUCUCUUACUGAAGCUAUUCGUUAUGCUAGUGGCGAUCCAAUCGAAGCCUGGUUAUUUGACCUAUUGUGUUUGGAUUGUGGAGAGUCUCUGUCUCGUGAACAACAAGCUAAUGAAGCCAAUAUUUAUCUUCCUCCUGUUGAUCAAUGCCAGUUGUAUUAUGUUAAUAGGGAUACUUUGUUUUCAUAUCACAAGUCAACGGAAAUAUUUUUACAUAGACUGAUGGCUCUUUAUGUUUCGUCACAUUACAAAAAUUCUCCAAAUGAUUUACAACUACUUUCUGAUGCACCUGCUCAUCAUAUAUUUUGUCUUCUUGCUCCAUAUGAUCCUAAAUCUGGGUGUGUACCAGAGGUUCUUUGUGUGCUGCAAGUUUCUUUAGAGGGGAAAAUAAACAAGGAUCGAGUAAUGCAUAAUCUUUCUCGUGGUUUACGUCCUUCUGGUGAUUUGAUCCCUUGGACAUUGUCUCAACAGUUUUGUGAUGCCAACUUUGGUGAAUUAUCUGGUGUUCGUGUUGUACGAAUAGCCACUCAUCCUGAUUAUCAAGGUCUUGGUUAUGGGACAAGAGCCUUGAAACUCUUAUAUGAUUAUUACAACGAGCAAACGGAUAUCACAGUUUUUCCAGAAAAUCAGCAUACUGACAUCCAAACUGAACAGGUUGGCCGCAGUGGUUCUAUUGAAGGGGCUAAAAGCUUGAACCAAACAUCCAAUAAAUCUUUAAAACCCAAACCUUCAACCUUAGAUUUUAACUGUGAUUUAGAUGAAGGAAACUAUGACGAUCAGGAUGACUCAGAUGCUAGUUUGGAAUCAAAUAAUACAAGAUUAUCUGAAGAUAAAUCAAAUCUUCUCACAGAAAUAAUAAAACGGCGUGAACCUGCGAGUCUGCCCCCCUUGCUUAGUCGCCUUAAUGAACGUCCUUCUGAGAAACUUGACUACAUUGGUGUUUCUUUCGGUGCUACUCCCAGCUUGUUAAGAUUUUGGAAACGAUCAGGUUAUGUUCCAGUUUAUCUUCGUCAAAAUAUGAAUGAGUUGACAGGGGAAUUUACAUGCAUAAUGGUGAAACCACUUAAGCACCAAAGCGUCUCAUCUCAAUCAGCAGAAUGGCUUCAGAAUUACUUCUAUGAUUUUACCAAACGUUUAAUACAUCUUUUCCCUGGACCAUUUCGACACAUGGAUGGAACUUACGGUCUUGAACUCCUAAGUCAUAAAACAAUGGAUACUGAAAUAUCUAACGAGCUUACCCAAUCAGAAAUUAACAGCUUAUUUAAUGCAGUGGAUUUAGAAAGAUUAAGGCGUUAUAGCAGAUCACUUGUUGAUUUCCAUCUUGUCAACGAUCUGUUACCUCGUUUAGCUCAGAUUUAUUUCCAAAGGCGUCUGCCAAAUCUGCGUUUAAAUAAAACUCAACAGGUUAUCCUUUUAUGUAUGGGAUUACAACAUAAAACAGUGGAACAAAUAUCCAGUGAAUUUAAUCGUUUACUUGGUGAUUCUACUCGUCCUCAAAUCCGAGUUUCUGGACUUGUACGGUCUGAUGAUGCUGUAUAUUCAAUACUAAAUUCUCUUAACGAAAAGGGCGACCCAUCUGGAUUUACAUCUAACAACCAUUGUUUUGGUCAUAAAAAGAAGGGACCACAUACUGGUGUUAAUUCAGGUUGGACUAAGUGUAUUCUUGGUCUUCUGUUUGUUAUUGUUCGUGAGCAUAUCAAGGCGUUAGACUCUAUACUUGCAUCUGAGAGAAAAUGUAGAAUAGAAUCAAAAAAGGAUACUAUCGAUGGACAAUUGCAGCCAGUCAUCGACGUGGAUCUGAAAGACGGCAAUUAUGCCGCGAUUAGAGUAGAUGAAAAUACUUUAUCAGAGUCUGACGAAGACAUGUUUGAAGAGUAUGAAAAUUCACUUUCAGAUGAUAACAGCGAUAGUGAUUCAAAAAAUUCAGAACACAUUAAUACUGAUCGUUUGGAAUUAAAGUCAGAAAUCAGUGACUCUGAACGUGAACGUCGAUCUACUUUGAUACGUCAAUUAAUAUCUGAAGAAAUUACCGGCCAAAGAAAUUUAUUCUCUGCUUACAAAAUUCAAGGUUCUGAAACUGAUUGGGCUGAAGCUGUCGUCGGACAUGGAGCUGAUCUUUCUUCACUUACUGUUAAAUUAUCAUCAAAUCAAAAAAUUAACAAUAAAAGAAAAAAUAAAGAUCAUUUCAAUAACCAAAAAUCUUGUCACUUCGAGAAGAAAAAACAUAAAAAAAAGCCCAAACUGACUAAAUCGAAGCGUCAAAAGCUGAAUUGA